AUGGCCAUGGCGUAUGAUCGGGAGGCGUACAGACUUCGGGGCGAGAACGCUCGUCUCAAUUUCCCCGAACUCUUCCUUGGGAAGAAUAAAGAAGCGAUUGGAGGAGACGGAGAUCAAGGGACUUCUUGUUCGCCGUGUGAAGCUAUGCAGACCGAAUCUGUAAAGGUCAAUGCUGAGGAGGAGGAGAAACCUGUCGUAUCUGAUCCCCAGGCAGUAGCUACUGCUGCAUCCCCGGCGGAAUUUGUGUGGGGGGAUGCAGAGGAGGCUUGGUUCAGUACGUGGGGGCCGGGGAGUUCUGUGUGGGAUGAUAUCGACGGAGCCAAUAGCUUAUUUCUACAGUCGAGGCUCUCGACAUUCGCUCCUGAUUCUGCGAUGGAUGCGCAAGAUCAAAAUCAGGGGACGUCCACAUCUUCAGCUAUGGUUGCAGUUGCAGUUGCAGUUGCAGUUGCAGUUGCACACAUGUAA